AGAGAAAGCUGGAGUGGAGUGAAACACAGACUUUGCAAUGAGGGCUCGAAAAAGUGUGCAAGGGUAGAAAAAUAAAAAAUAAAAGAAGGAAUAGGUGGAAUGCCAGAGGGGCUGCAGACUGUAGACCGUCUAGGAGUCAAGCAGGUUCAGAAGCUGAAACUUCUCCACAGCUGAAGCGGUUAUUCUGGGCGCAGGCCAAGUUGAUCGUUUGGCUCCUUUGAUCCAUGCGGCCUGAAUAGGCUGGACAGGUGCUCAGCUUCAGUACUGAUCUACACCUCCUGCAGCUAUGGAGAAACAGCUGGAAGAGCUGAAGCAGCAGCUGGAAAAACAAUGUCGGCUCAACCAGGAACUGCAAAGGCAAAAUAAGGACCUGGAGCAACGACUGAAAGACAAAGAAAAACUUUUGCAGGAGCUGCAGACCCAGUACCAUGAUCUUGAGUUUCCCUCCCAGCCUGGUAAUGAAGCAGAGCCUGAAUUCAGGAAGAGUCGAGCCGCUGUUAUGGCCCCUGAACCAAUUCCAGAAAAACUGGAAAUUUCACGCAACAUGGUUAAGAAGACUGCCAGUGAGACAAGUCUUAUUGUUCAAGCCAUCCAGAAGAACGAUUUCCUGAGCCGCCUGGACGAUGAGCAAAUAACCAUGAUGGUGGAUCUCUUAAUGUCAUCGCACUACAAACCUAGCGAAGAAGUCAUUAAGGAGGGAUCAGAAGGAGACAGCAUGUACAUAGUGGCAGCUGGUGAACUCAUCGUGACUCAGUCAGGUCGGGACCUGAGGACUCUGACAAAAGGAGACAUUUUCGGAGAGUUAGCCAUCCUCUACAACUGCAAAAGGACAGCGACAGUCAAAGCUAAGACACAUGUGCAUCUGUGGUGCAUGGAGCGACAGACGUACAGAACGAUUAUAACUAACAAGUCCAAGAAGAAACGGGAGCAGCUCAUGGGUUUCCUCAAGACGUCUCGUACUCUCAAGGAUCUGAAUGACGCGCAGUUGUCCAAAAUUAUCGACUCCAUGGAGGAGGUUAAGUUUCAGGACAAAGAGAUUAUAGUUCAAGAAGGAACAGAAGGAAACACUUUCUACAUAAUUCUCAAAGGAGAGGUCCUGGUGAGCAAGAAUGUGAAUGGACUCCAGAAGCAGAUUCGCAGGAUGGGGAAAGGGGAGCACUUCGGGGAGCAGGCCCUCAUACGAGAGAUUUUGAGAACUGCUACCUGCACUGCUGAUGGCCCUGUUACAUGCUUCUCUAUUGACAAGGAGGUUUUUGAGGAGACAAUCCCAGGAGAGCACCUCGAGCUGUUUGACGACUCCAAAGUGAUGCAAGAGGCGCAAGGUCCAGAAAAGCCAGGUCCGAGCUCCAGUCUGAAGUUUAAGGAUCUGGUUCCUGUUUUAUAUCAGGAGGGACGCUAUCAAGGAGAUCCUGUCACACUUGGAGUUGGAGGAUUUGGUCGUGUGCAGCUGAUGACCACAGUGACUCAUGGGAAAUACUACGCCAUGAAGCGAGUCAGCAAGAAGCAAAUUGUUUCCAAGAGACAGGAGGAACACAUGUUGUUUGAGAAGAAGAUCCUGAAAGCGAUCCAGUGUGACUUCAUUGUGAAACUUCAUGCCGCAUUUAAAGAUACAAGGUACAUCUACAUGGUGAUGGAGUUCUGUGGUGGUGGCGAGAUCUGGACCAAGCUCAAAGAAGUGGGGCGAUUUGAUGAACACGUUGCUGUGUUUUGCACUGCCUGCGUGGUGGAGGCCUACGCUUACCUCCACAAGAAGAGCAUCAUGUACAGAGACCUUAAGCCUGAAAACCUGAUGCUGGACAUGAAAGGCUAUAUCAAACUGGUUGACUUUGGUUUUGCGAAGGAACUGGUGCGUGGUGAGAAAACCUACUCCUUUGUGGGCACGCCUGAGUACAUGGCUCCAGAGAUUAUCAAGAACCAGGGUCAUGACUUUGCAGUUGACUUUUGGUCACUUGGCAUUCUGAUCUUUGAACUUUUGGUGGGAAGUCCUCCAUUUUCAAGCUCGGAGCCUCAGAAGAUUUAUUCCAAAAUUUUGGAUGGAGAACUCAAGUUUCCACUUUACCUGAGUGAGGCAGCAAAGUCAAUCAUCAGCAAACUGUGCAGGCCUCGGCCAGGUCAGAGGUUAGGAAAUACCAAGAAUGGAAUCAAAGACGUCCGGCAUCACAGGUGGUACAGCAGCAUGAACUGGCACAAGCUGCGUAUGGGUCAGCUGGACGCUCCAACCAUACGACUCAUCCGCAAGGGUCCCUGCUACAUCAACUUUGAUAAAUUUCCUCUGGACCACUCGGUGGCAGAAGAGGAGUUUUCUGGGUGGGACCGUGACUUCUAAUUCUCACGUUUAGGUUGAAGAAUCGAAUGGUGGGCGGUUUGUCCUUAUCAUCCCAAAAAGGACCCUAAUUAAAGACACUGACCUUAGUUUAUUCAGCCUCUAAAGGGGCCAAAAGAAGAUUAAUGCUACUGGGUACUGACAUAUCACACAACACACAUUUCUUACCAAAUUUUCACACCAAUUACACCGAAGCUCCAGGGAAUCACUGUGACAAUAUGUGCGGAAGCUCCUCUGUUGCAGCGAGCUUCAGCUCACACACAAAUGUACCUCUGCAGACGAGGAGGAGGUGUAGAGACAAAUUGGUAGGACUCUGUGUUUUGAUAUUCAGCGCAAAGAUAUUUGGUAGCUGAUGAGUAAGUGUUAAAUUCACGAGGCACCUUGCAGCGAUUAAGAAUAUUGACCAGGUGAUCAAAUGCUUCCGAUGUAAGGAAGAAUUUCAAUUAAAAGAACCAAUAUACCCAACAGUUUUAACUUGGAUCCUUUAUUAAAGGAUAAAUGCAACCAGUUUUGUACAGUAAAUAUUAGUAAUUGUGUAUUCUGAGUGAAUCCUGUUUGUAAAAUUGUUCUGAACAACAGGGUACUUGUGAUGUUGAUCAGAGAGAGCUAAAAAUAUUGGGAAAUGCAGAAAACCAUUCACAGUUAAAAAUGUUCAAAAUGCCUUCAAACAGAAACUAAAACAAGGAAGAUGAGGAAGAAAACAGAAAACUAAUUCAGUUAAAGAAUAACCAGAAGUAUCUGCUUUAGGGGGACCAAAGAAAGUCAGUUCUUAAUAAGUGAAUACUGUAACGAUUAGAAAACAACUUAAUAAAGCAAAUAUCAUCAGUAAGGAGCCUUGGCAAAGUCCAGUUGUUAAAAAAACUACACAGUGCAAAAGGGACCUAAUUAACUAGCUUUAAUAGAAAUACCACAGAAUUUUUUUAAAUUCCCAUCAGGAUUCCCUUUUAAUAUAUCACAAUACUUGAAGAGGUAAUUUUGCUUUAUCCAGAAGAGGAAGUACCAUCGCACCAGUGAGCGAGCAGCAUCUUGGAUUCAGACCGACAAGAUUAACAUAAUGAAGCUGCCAGCCCAGUCCCGGAACCUUAAUCCCAGAGAUAGCUUGUGGGGUGAAACAAGCUUUUUCUGAGGCAAAAUCAAUGAUGAGGAAAUUAAUUUAAAAGCCUCUUCACAGGUUGAGGAAGUUUACUGUUUGUAAAAACAUAAAAUAAAAUAAUCACCUAUUGCUGACUUAUUCAUUCAUGUUCUUAUUGAAGUGUUAAAACACAUCUUGAUGAUA